AUGGAGUCUACUGCAAACGGUUUAGAGCAAGCAUACCAAUCUCGGGCAUCAGCCCUUGAAAUUCUUCCCUCAGAGAUCAGAGUCAUGAUCCUUUGUCACAUGCCAGAGGUCGCAUCUCUCAGCAGCAUUGUACACGCUUCUCCAAAGUACCAUCAGGCUUACCUCGGAGCUCGAGAAGAGAUCCUCCACGCCAUCACAACUCGCACCCUCCAGAAGAAUGACAUUGGUCUUUUGGACCCAUGGACUGCCAUCCAUGCACCGCAGCUCGGCUACCACAUCACGCAUCGGGUUGAGAUCGUCACGGAAUACCUAGAGAGAUACGCCCAGGGGCGUAUGGAUGGCAGUCGACGGCGUCUUGCGCUACAAGACUCUCUCGCUAUACUGAGCCUGCAGAGAAAGUUCACAAGCUUGAUUGCCAGAUACUGCAAGGCUACAUUUUCUAGAAAUCCUUUCACUCAAUCAUCGGACGAUGACUCUCUUCUACCCUCUCGAUCCGAGUUGCAUAGACUCUACAGGGCACUCUGGCGGUAUGAAAUUUAUAGCAAUUUCUUUGGUCCGAGCAUCGGUCCGAGCCAAGAGGCUAUCAUUCGUGAACUCAGCAUACCCGGCAUUGAGCUUCCAGAUUCCGCAUUCAGCGAAAAAGAGAUAGCACGCAACUUCUUCGGGCUCUUCCCUAUCCAUGAAGUGGAAGAAGUGGCUUGUCUACAGAUGUAUGCUAGAGAUUACUACCGUUCAAUAUCGUGGUACUAUGACCAACUUGUCGCUCUAGGACCGCAGCAGCUUUAUAAAGUAAUGACGGCAGCUUCUGAGAAUGAACGUGAAAGCCGCAUCGCUGAGGGGGAGAUGGCCGGACGGGUGGAUGUUUCUAUGCGAGCUGCUUUGGAUGCUUAUGAGAGAGAUGUCAGUUGGGGGACUUGGCAAUGGAAAGGCAGAUACGGCAAAUUCAUCAGCGAGCGGGUUCCCACCAUUGGCUGGCUGUGGGCGAGCAGUCAUGGUAUACAGAAUACUGACUUUCGGCUGAGGAGAUGGGGCUACGUGUUUUGGGAUCAGGAGAGGUUGGACGGUUGGGGCAUUACGGAGGAGAAAAUGGUUAAUUGGCCGGACCCGAGAAGAAUUUUGGAGAAUACUCGUACCUCGGACGUGAGAGUUGGGAGGUCGCAUUGCCCGUGA